ACAUAACAAGGAAAAAAUUUUUUUAACUUAGUUAUCGUUUGCUGAACUUGUAUAACCACUAUCAUACUGCCCAAUUUUAAAAAUUUGAUUAGUUAUGGGUGAUACAUAUACUAAAAUGGCACUAAGAGUCUUCCCCACCCCUUUCCUGCUAACAAGCUAAUAAUACUUGGAGAAAUCGUUGCCCUUACAAAUCACUUUGUUGGUGGUGGCACUGUGAAUUGAUACAGUCUCUUUUGCAACUUAUUUGCUAAUAGAUAACAAGACAGAAUUUGCCACUGCUUGAAGGAAAUAAUUUGAAAAGAAAAAAAUAGUAUAUUCAUGAAGAUGUGCCUCCCAGCAUUAUUUGUAAUAGUGAAAAUUAGAAACCACCUAAAUAUUCUACUGUAAGGAGAUAAAUAAAUAAUAUAGACGUUAUGGAUGGAAAGUAGAAGCAAUUAUGAAAAGUAGGAAUACAUUGAGAUGGAGGAAUAUGUGAUUGCUUUUUUCUUCUGACUGGUUCCUUUAAUGUCAAAAUAAUGUUUUAGCAAUUAGUAAAUGUUGAAAAAAAUCCUCACAGAAGUACUGUCAUGAGAUUAUUUCUUUGAUCUCCUUUCAGCAGACUAGAUAAAACUAAUUGGCUCUUUGAACCUGCUCCUGAGUCAUAGCUGUUUGAAAAUCAGGCUUCCCUUAUUUUCAUUCUCUGGGAGCUCCUAUGCAAUCCUGGCUGAUCUCUUAUUGUAAUACUUAGUAGCCUCGUGGGCAUGGUUUUCAGAAUAAAUUGGGAAUUAGUCAUGCAUAUGAAUUAAGGAGUCUUAGCUCUUUGGUUCUCUUAAAGAAAGAGGUAUUCUUUGAAAGCAUGGUUUAUGUUUAUAUUAAGGCUGUUAUUUCCUGUACUGUCCUAUGUCUCUAAUCUUAGUUGUUUUGUUCUUAGAAGCAUUUGUUCUUUGUCUUGUUUCCACUUGUUUCUUGUUUAAUCAUAUUUAAGAAGUGUUCAUAAGGAGAGCUCCACCUCCUUGAGGAUUUAAGCCUAGCAGUACUGGGCUAUUGCCAGUCAAAAUGUCUGCAAAAUUGAGAGAGUCAUCAACACUCCUUACACAAACUUCAGAGGAGCUUGAUGGGAUUCUGCUGGUGAAGAUGGAAGAGGAAGAACAGGCCUGUGAUCUGGACUCUAGCCCCCACUGGAGCAGCUGCUGCAACCCAGAGACCUUCCGCCAGCAGUUCAGACAGUUUGGCUACCAGGAUUCACCUGGGCCCCGAGAGGCUCUGAGCCAGCUCCGGGAACUUUGUCAUCUCUGGCUAAGGCCAGAGGUACACACCAAGGAGCAGAUUCUAGAACUGCUGGUGCUGGAGCAGUUCCUGGCUAUCCUUCCAGAAGAGCUGCAGGCCUGCGUGCAGAAGCAUUGUCCAAAGAGUGGAGAGGAAGCUGUGAAUGUGCUGGAGGAUGUGGAGAGAGAGCUUGAUGGGCCUGAACAGGUCUUCUUUUUUGAACGAAGAAAGGAUGUGAUUGCAGAGAAGCUUGCAGCUUGGAAAAUGACCGAGGAGUUACCGAGUAGCCAGCUCAAGCCUGUGAAGAAGCAGCUGCAGUGGGCAUCAGGGGAACUGCACUCCUUAAGACCAACUGAGGAAGACACCAAUAAUAUAAAUGUAAAAUCAGCUUUAAGACAAAAGACUUCUUCAGGCACAGAACUGCAUUACGAUGCCUCUAACACCCUUCAUAUGAAUGCCUCCCAGAGUUCUACAUAUACAGGAGCCUGUGAACAAGAUGGCAGGUUUGAAAGAAGAAAGGGAAACCCCUCUAGAAAAAAACAACACAAGUGUGAUGAAUGUGGAAGACUCUUUAGUCAGAGCUCAGCCCUUAUUUUACAUCGGAGAAUCCACAGUGGAGAGAAACCUUAUGCAUGUGACGAGUGUGCAAAGGCCUUCAGCCGAAGCGCGAUUCUGAUUCAGCAUCGAAGAAUCCACACGGAUUGCAAAUAUGAGGAUAGGAUUGAGGAGCCCCAAAAGAAUAUGCACCUCAAGACCUAGGCUGAACUGUUCAGGGUCAUUGUUAGUAAAUAAAGGGACUUAAUCUUUUAUGAAAGCUCAUAAGAGCCUAUACACUAUUGAUGAUACUAAGUAGUUUCCAGCAUUGGAAAAAAUAAUCUUUACAAUGUAAUUUGGAAAUAACUCAAUGGAAACAUUAAAAUGACUUUCCACACAUCUUCAAGGAGUUACCUAAACAUAAGGAAUGUUUUAAUAAUAAACAGGGCUGUUGUAUGGGUGCUUAUAUAAGGUUGAUGUUCAUCUUAAUAUAAAGAAAAAAGGGCAAUGAGAAACAAAAUUGUCCAAACAGGACUGAUGUAACACAAAUGCUGGCAACUGCAGUGUGUAAUGGAGAUGUGUACCACAGCUUACCUGGAAAAGGAACCCCAUAACAGCUGAUGACUUUCCUAAAGUGUCCCCUUUUCUGGCACAAAUCAGCUGUGAAUCUGUUUCAGGCAUCACAAUACAGCCUCUUCAGGGUCUUCUGCAUUCUUAGAAGAAUUUCUAGAUGUGCUAUCAUGAAAUGAGACCCUGGAUUUUUUAUGCUCUUAUACAAAUGAAGAAAUCACUAAAGUUCAGUUUAAGGAGUCCACUGCAGUCCCUUAUAAAUAAUUGUUGAACCUAACCAUCAUAACUUAUACGUUUUAAGAUAACAUUUUUAUCAUAUCUUGUUUGGCCUGUCAACUAUGGGAUAUGAGUAGCUAGAAGUUAUACUUGUAUUUAAUCCAGUCAUAUUCCCUGCUUAAAUAUAAAAUUACUGACUUGUAUGUUAUUAAAAUUAUUCUAACUAUACAAACAACAUAAUGUUUUCUUUUCCAGAAAUUCUUGAUAAAACUCUGUAAUAUAUUAAAAGAAUACAUGUAUUGUAUUUCUCAUGGUGCUACAGUUAUCCAAUAUGGAGGCAAACAUCGGAAGUGAGUCCUUGAAAGAAGGGAAGAGGCUCAUAGUCAACUUCUUUGUCAUAAAAUGUAAACAUUUCAUUCUCAGAAAAUCCAACUAUAUCUAGUGCUUAGAGUAACUCCAAAAAGUGGAAUUACUUUACUCUGUUAGUAUACUGAUAAGUAUAAGAUUAGUAGGGGGAGAGGUGAAUGCAAAUUUUAUUACAGAAUUUUCUGAUGGCAAUUAUGCUUUGUAGCUCUGGUGAAUAGAAAUACAUAUUGGAUUUUGUGUAUUUUCAGUUAUUAAAUGUAGGAGUCUUUUUAUUUGGGGCUCAUUGUCUUUAAAGAGAAAGAUAAGCCAUCUAUUAAAGCAACGAAUGCCUCAGAGAUAGAUCUAUUGUGAAUUACUGCCUAAUUAUGAAAAGUUUCUUAGGUUCUGUGUGAAUUAGAUGGCAGAAUCUUGUAUUCUGAGGGAAGCCAUUUGUCUUCAUUUGGUGCUGCUAUAAACUUUGUAAGAUUGCAUUCUCUUUACUGUGAAUAAUUUGAACUUCUCCACCAGAAAGUGGUGUGAAUCAUAUCAUCUAAAUACAUGGUAAAUCUUUAAAGGGUGUUGCUUUGAACUUAGAGUUAUUUUGCACUUACACAGGUCUCCUAACAAGAAGAUGGUACUAGUUUAUCUAAAAGGAUAAUUACUAUGACUUGGGCUAACCUUGAUAAAAAUUAGCAUGAUAUUAGCACCCUCAUUAGAUUGAUUAAUUUUCAGGGAUAGAUAAUGAAAAAUUUCUGGAAGCAUGGAGUGGCAAUAGUUGAACCACAUUGUCAAUAUUCUUAAUACCACUGAAUUGUACACUUAAACAUCAUUAAAAUAGUAAAUUUUAUGUUAUACAUAUUUUAUAAUG